AUGGAGAGACGAAGCAGAAGGGGAGGCGUUAUGGGGAGGCGGGGCCGGAAGGGGUCGAGACGGCAAGAGGUGGCGGAAGAGGAAGAGGAGGAAGAGGAGACGGAGGAGGAGGAGGGAGUUUCCGGGGAGGAAGAAGAGGAGAGUGAGAGAGAAGUGAGGAGGAAGGGUGAGGAUGGGAGUGUGUGGGAUGAGAUUAUGAGCAAAUUGGACGAAGGGACGGGCAAGGGUGGACGGGAACGAGGGAAGCGCAUCAGCCGAAAGCGUAGAGGAGCAGUCAGAGGUGGAUUGGGUGGCAUGGGUAGAGGGAGCGGUGAGAAUGGGUUGGAAGGCAGCAAGAGUGGGUUAGAAGGCGGUGAGGAAGGGUUAGGAGGGGGGCAGAGGUCCGGUGCAGGGGGCGAGGAGCAGCACGAGAUUGAUGAGCUGCUGAAGGGAAUCGAGCAGCACCUAGGGGGCACUGGGCUCAGGGGAGCCGGCGAGGGCGGGGAGCGUGGGGAGCGGGUGGGUGGCAGUGAUGUGAGAACGGGCGAUGGAGGCCAGGCGCAGGAUGCGGAGCAGGGAGAAAGAAGGGAGGGGGUGGGUGGCGGAGCAGAGCAGGGGUCUGAUGGGGAGGCGGACAGGGAGCAGAGCAAAGGCGGCACGGAGGAGAGCGGCAGCAGCAACGGCGGCGGCAGCAGCAGCAGUGGAGAGGGUGGUGUGAGUGGCAGCAGGGCAGCUGGGCUGGACGGUGCAGUGGAGGAUGGAGGGGACGGGCGGAGAAGUGAUAGCAGUGCUGACAGUGAGGGGCUGCAGGGUGCGGGGCUGGGGGAGGCAGGGGCGGGGGGAGAGAGAGCAAGUGGGGCAGAAGGGUCAAGCGGGGAGGAGGUUAAUGAGGGGACUGGACAAAGGAGCAAGGAUGGCUCUGAAGAGGAGGAAAGGAAGGAGGGAGGUGCGGAAGGCAUUGCGGAUGGAUCUGGUGUUGGUGAGGGUGGUGAGGGUGGUGCUUCAUUAGGUGAUUCCACCAAGAGUGACGGUGGCGAGAGUGAUAGUAAUGAAGGUGGAAAAAAGGCUGGUGAAAACAGUCAGAGCGACACCAGGUUGAGUGUGAGGGAUGAGCAGCCGGAAGAAGGUGGUUCAGAUGGAGGCAUGAGAGAUGCGUCAGAGGCAACAGGUAGUGAUGGCGGGGAGGCGGUGGGAGGAGUUGGCAGUGAGAAUGGCCCUGGUGAGUUGAGAGGAGAAAUUGGGGAGGGAAAGGAGGGGAAAGAAGGCACAAGCGGUGAUGACAUGCAAGUGGUGCAAGAGCGCUAUCUGCUAAACAUGGCGCGCACUCUCUUCCUCGUCGCUCUCGCCCUCGGCCUCGUCGCUGCCGCCAAUGCGGCUUCCGUGCCUUUCUCCUACGACAAGAGCGGCACGGACUGGCCGGGCGCGUGCGCGUCGGGCGAGCGGCAGUCGCCGAUCAACAUCGUGAUGGACGAGGCGGUGCUGGGCGCAUCGAAAGAGCUCUUCCACCUCAACUACUCCACCGCCGCCACCGUCGCCGUCAUCAAUAAGGGCUCCACCAUCCAGGUUGUGCCCGCGGAAACGGAGUCGCACAUGCUGCAUUUGUCGUCGGGCGACUACAAGCUGCUGCAGAUGCACGUGCACGCCAUGUCGGAGCACACGGUGAACGGGCUGUUCGCGCCCAUGGAGGCGCACUUCGUGCACGUGCACGUCGACGACCCCAAGAAGCUCGCCGUCGUCGGCGUCAUGCUGCGCCUCCAUCGUGACGACGCCAACUCCACUUGGAUCAACCAGUGGUUGUCUCCCGCCCCUGCCGCUAACGGCGCGAACGUGACUGUGCCCGUCUCGUCCGACUUCUGGUCGACCCUGCUGCAGCCGUCGUGGGGCUUCUGGACGUACCCUGGCUCGCUCACGACGCCCGAGUGCGACGAGAUCGUGCAGUGGCACGUGCUGCGCAAGUCGCAGCCGCUGUCUGUGGCGCAGACGAUCCACUUCAUGAACAUGAUGGCCGUUACGAAUAACGGCGAGCGCACUGACAACCGCUUCCCGCAGCCCAUCAACGGCCGCACGGUCUAUUUUUACUACCCCGAGUCGCUCCCUCAGUAA